CUUGGCUUUCAUGGGCAAACGCUGUGUUUCCAUUUCGUGGUGAAACGUUGACUUGUGUCGAGAUGCAGCUCAGGACGGUGCUGGACGUCAAUGUUGUGGAUGUGCAGAAGAGGAGGAAUCCCUCCAAACACUACGUGUACCUUAUCAACGUGACCUACUCGGACUCCACCUCUCACGUCAUCUACAGGAGGUACAGCAAAUUCUUUGACCUGCAGAUGCGGAUUCUUGACAAAUUUCCCAUCGAAGGAGGGCAAAAGGACCCCAAAAAGAGGAUAAUUCCUUUUUUGCCAGGUAAAGUCCUGUUUCGCCGAAGUCACAUCCGAGAUGUAGCAGUCAAAAGGCUGAAGCACUUGGACAACUACUGCAAAGCUCUGAUGAAGCUCCCCACCCACAUUUCCCAAAGCGAGGAGGUUCUGAAGUUCUUUGAGACCAAGUCAGAGGACCUCAACCCUCCCACUGAAGACUGCGGCGGUUCUGGGAGACGCAAAUCGGGUCUGGACGCCUCGGACCCCAUGCUCCUGGAACAGUAUGUGGUGGUGGCCAGUUACGAGAAGCAGGAACCUGCGGAAAUCAGCCUCCAGGCGGGUGAGGUGGUCGACGUCAUCGAGAAGAGCGAGAGCGGCUGGUGGUUUGUCAGCACCUCCGAGGAGCAAGGCUGGGUCCCCGCCACCUAUCUCAACUCCCACAGCGGCACGCGGGACGACUUGGAGCUGGGCGCCUCAAAAAGCGGCGAAGUCACUAAGCGACACAAGGCCCACCUGAAGCGGCUGGACCGGAGAUGGACGCUGGGGGGUGUCAUCAGCCGCCAGCAGAGCCGAGAGGAAAAAUACGUCACCGUCCAGCCGUACACCAGCCAGGGCAAAGACGAAAUCGCUUUUGAGAAAGGAGCCGUGGUGGACGUCAUUCAGAAGAACUUGGAGGGCUGGUGGUUCAUCAGGUACCAGGAUAAGGAGGGCUGGGCUCCAGCUUCGUAUCUGAAGAAAAUGAAGGAGGACCUCUCGCCACGGAAAAAGACGGUGACCGGCCCGGUGGAGAUCAUCGGAAACAUCAUGGAGAUCAGCAACCUGCUCAACAAGAAAGCUCCUGGCGAGAAGGACGGCGGCGGCGAGGAGGUCUCGGAGAGCCCGCAGGUCGCCCGCAAGGAGAUCAGCUCGCCGGUCCUGUGUUCCGAACCCGGGCCUGUUAGUCCACCUCAGGACGGCAAAGCCAGGACGGAGCCGGCCUCGCCGGCCGUGGCCCGCGUUGCGCCUCACCGGGUGGAAAUCGGUUCCCCAGUUCUCAGGCAAAAACCUCCACCUCGCAGAGACGCAACCUUGGGAUUCCCUCUGCCCUCACCACCGGAGCCCCCUACAGUUGAAGCCGAGUAUUACACCAUCGCAGAAUUCCAGUCUUGUAUAUCUGAUGGGAUCAGUUUCAACGGAGGCCAAAAAGCAGAGGUGAUUGAGAAGAAUUCUGGAGGCUGGUGGUAUGUCCAGAUCGGAGAGCGGGAGGGCUGGGCUCCGUGUUCCUACAUCGACAAACGCAAAAAGCCCAACCUCAAUCGAAGAACGAGCACGCUGUGCCGGCCCAAAGUUCCUCCUCCGGCUCCGCCUGUCAAGAAGCAGGACUCCUCGGAGACUGCUCCGCCCGGCAGCCCUGGCCGCGAAGCUCCGGAGUCUCCCGCGUCCCCCGGGAGGCCCGUGUACGAAGAGCCGGAGUACGACGUCCCGGCCAUUGGUGACCUGGAUCUGGAGUCUGAGUUUGAGUUCCUGAGAGGCGAAGCUUCAUUGGUGGACAUGAAGAAUGAGGACACGUCCUCCGAGAAGGGAUCCCAGCGGUCCUCCAAACCAUCUCCGGCAUCAUCACUCCACAGCGCCUCCUUUAGGAUGUGCGAGUCAUUCGAAGAUGGCCAAGAGGCGGAGGGCGAGGAGGAGUGCAUCUACGAGAACGAUGGCUUCCGACCAUUCAAGGAAAACCCGGAGAGGCAGUGCAGCCGUGACUCCAGUUCCUCCAAGGUUAGCGUUUUAGCCGAACCUGGCAAGAACACCAACCCAAAAUCAGGAGGGUGGAGAUCUGCCGCCAACAAGCUCAAGAUCAACCUGAACGGAAGCCAAGUGUCAGCGAAGAGCGAGGAAGGGUCCGGGUCUAAAUCAGCCUCCAAUGAGUCGACUCUGGAUAUUUCCAGACCCAAGAAAGAGCAGGAGGAAAGCAAAGCAUCACCCAACGCCAAGUCCUCAUCGAAACCCAAGCCGGUGGUGAGGCCUAAACCGCAGCUGGCUAAGGCAUCCAGCGGUGACAAGAUGGACAUCAGCACGUUGAGGAGACAGCUGCGACCCACGGGGCAGCUCAAGAACGGCAGCAAAAGCAAAGGGGAGGACUCCGAAACUGCCUCCGUCGUCUCCUCCGAAGACUCCUUCUCGUCUCAGAGCACAUCCUCUGAGUUCUCCUCUAUCUACUCCAAAGGCAGCCGCGGGGACUCUGACGCGGAAGGCUGCGUCCUGUAUCGCACCACCGACCCUUACGAGAAAGUCCAAGAGUCAGAGUUGAGUUUUCCCGCCGGCGUGGAGGUCCUUGUCCUGGAGAAGCAGGAGAGCGGUUGGUGGUACAUCCGCUGGGACGACUCGGAGGGCUGGGCCCCGACAUAUUUCCUGGAGCCGGUGCGGCAGCAGGACGACGCGGCUGGCUCAGAAUCUGAUGGAACGCCCUCCAAACCCGGGAGCCUCAGCAAGUCCAACAGCCUGGAGAAGAACGAGCAGAGGGUGCAGGCUAUGAACAACCUCAAUCAGAACCUGAAGAAGAUCACUCCACCCAUCCCUUCUAAACCACCUGGUGGUCUUUCCAAGCCUACUGGCUUGUUUGGGUCACGUAAACAAAACAGCGGCAAGCAGCAGCAGGUUGUCAGACCUCAGUCGGUCUUCAUCUCAGCCCCCAUCAGGGAUAAUCCGAGCCCCGUUGGCUCCCUCAGGAGAAACGAAUCCCUCAACUCCGGCAACCACCCUCGCGUCAGCCCGACGGUGCGCCGCAACGCCUCAUUCGGCACCGUGCCCCGCAACCUGGCGCCCAACAACAUCGCCUUGCCCAGCCGUAACCCAUCCGGCACCAGCAGCUCAGAGUUCCUGGGUGGCGGCCCGCAAAAAAAUGCCCCUCCCGUGUCUACAGUGAGGCCCAAGCCCCACAUCAUCCACAACAACCUCAGAGAGGUCUACGUUUCCAUUGCCGACUACCACGGUGACGAGGAGACCAUGGGGUUCCCCGAAGGGACCAGUCUGGAGGUUCUCGAGAGGAACCCCAAUGGCUGGUGGUACUGCAAGGUGCUGGACAGUGGCAAGCCCAGAAAAGGGUGGGUUCCCUCCAAUUACCUCGAGAGGAAGCCUUAGCGUGUUCAGAGCUGGCAAAACUCUGAACGCGCGUUGGAGAGACUACUCACACGGACACUUUGAUUUUUGUACAAGAACCCCCAGGAAGUUCACGAUGACACAAGAGGAACAAAGCCAAAGAACAACCUAAAAGUGGAACUUGAUGUUUCUUGAUGUCCACCCUAUCGGACAUACAGUAAUCCCUCGCUAUUCUGGUUUUGUUUUUUUAAAAAAAAAAAAAAACAUUGAGACUUGGUGGCUCUGUUGGUAAAGCGUCGGCCUCACAGUUCUGAGGACCCGGUUUUGAUCCCGGCCCCGCCUGUGUGGAGUUUGCAUGGUCUCCCCGUGCCUGCGUGACUUUUCUCCGGGCACUCCCAUUUCCAUCCCCAAAAACAUACAACAUUAAUUGGACGCUCUAAAUUGCCCCUAGGUGUGAUUGUGAGUGCGACUGUUUGUCUCCAUGUGCCCUGCGAUUGGCUGGCGACCGGUUCAGGGGGUACCCCGCGCUCCUGCCCGUUGACAGCUGGGAUGGGCUCCAGAAAUCCCCGCGACCCUCGUGAGGAUAAGCGGCAAAGAAAAUGGAUGGAUGGAUUUUUUUGAACAGAUUGAAAAUGCAAUUCAACACACAAGGUUUCCAAGUAUAAAAUUAAUAAAAAUAUACUAUACAUAUUGUGCCAGUGCAGAUGACUGGGCCUUUAAGAGGCGGGGCCUGGUGGGGUUGCUGUUGAAUGUCGAUGAGCCUGUGAGUGAUUUUCUGGGUGCGAGCUGUGGUCAACGACAGCGUCGGCGUGAACGUGCUUAACAUUGUGUUUUACUGCUCUCGGCGGAAAACCCUCCGUACCUUCCGCUAACGACCCAGGCCAAAUGGACUCGCUUCCCAUCAAGCGGGGCUUUGGCGCCAUCUUGUGGAAUCUCGAGGCAAUUGAGAAAGCGCACGAAAACGGCGGCGAGCUGUGGUAAAAAGAAGUGAAGAAGAAAGUGAAACCACAAAUUUGCGAGGAAUUACUGUCAUCAUUUUUUCUUUUGUAGAAUUUUCGAAGCAUUUAAAGCUUACUGCAUGUUUGAUUUCAUUAUACUGACAAAGCCUUGAGCUGUUCAAACGUUAACAUUUUUUUUUUUGCUGCUAAGCGUUAGUCACGUCGGUGCUGUCUUAUUUGCAUGUUUUUUUUUUUUAGCUUUAUUUUGUUGUACCGUUUGUCAGCAUUAUGUAAGAUAUUUUACACAUUUACUGUAAUUGCCCUUUUGUGAGCAUCUCAAACUUUAACGAUGGCUUAAUGAACCCCCCAUGGCUCACCAAGAAAACAAAAGGCCGCCUUCCCUUAGCUCACAUCUGUAUUUAUUCAAUCUUUUUUGUCCCAUUAUGAUUGACAAAAAUUGUUCGCAGCCACUUUAUGCAUCUGCUACCCAACUCCGUCCUGACGUUGGGAUGAAAAAUAAUAAUAAUAAUAAUAAAAAAAAAAGAAAUUCUGCUGGGCAGUAAGUUUGACAUUUUUACUUUGUAGUCUUUAACUCAGAUGCUCACUUUUGUUUUUCUGUUUUUUUUUUUUUUUUG